AGAGACACAAGUUAUGAGGGAGGCAGCCUCGGCAAGGGCCAGUCAUCUUUUUCUGCACCUCCAACGAGCCCCUUCAUCCUUCCUGUAUGGUGGAUAUUAUUUUCAGCUCUUCUUUCUUGGGUGAUAUGGGGGAUCAUUCCAAAAAGAAGCCAGGAUUCGCCAUGUGUGUGGGGUGUGGAAGUCAGAUCCACGACCAGUACAUCCUGAAGGUGUCCCCGGACCUGGAGUGGCAUGCAGCCUGCCUCAAGUGUGCAGAAUGCAGUCAGUACCUGGACGAGACCUGCACAUGCUUCGUCCGGGACGGAAAGACCUACUGCAAGAGAGAUUACGUCAGGCUUUUUGGGAUCAAAUGUGCAAAGUGCAAUUUGGGCUUCAGCAGCAGCGACCUGGUGAUGAGGGCCCGGGACCAUGUUUACCACAUCGAGUGUUUCCGCUGCUCCGUGUGCAGCAGGCAGCUGCUGCCCGGGGAUGAGUUCGCUCUGCGAGAAGACGAGCUCCUCUGCCGGGCCGACCACAGCCUGCUGCUGGACAGAAGCUCCGCCGGGAGCCCCGUCAGCCCGGGACACAACAUGCACUCCAGUAGAACCCUGCACCUGGCAGGUACACAUCCGGUGACGGUCCGGCAGGCCCCGCACCGGAACCACGUGCACAAGCAGUCUGAGAAGACGACGCGCGUGCGCACGGUGUUGAACGAGAAGCAGCUGCACACGCUGCGCACGUGCUACAACGCCAACCCCAGGCCGGACGCGCUGAUGAAGGAGCAGCUGGUGGAGAUGACCGGCCUCAGCCCGCGGGUCAUCCGGGUGUGGUUCCAGAACAAGCGCUGCAAAGACAAGAAGAAGUCGCUGCUCAUCAAGCAGCUGCAGCAGCAACACAGUGAUAAGACUGUAAGCAUCUUCAACCUGCAGGGCCUGACGGGAACCCCUUUAGUGGCUGGAAGUCCAAUCCGACAUGAGAGCACCGUGCAGGGGAACCCAGUGGAGGUGCAGACGUACCAACCUCCAUGGAAGGCCCUCAGUGAGUUUGCACUGCAGAGUGACUUGGACCAGCCCGCCUUCCAACAACUGGUGGGUGUCUUUUUCUGAGUCUGGCUCUCUCGGCAACUCGUCCGGAAGUGACGUCACAUCCUUAUCCUCUCAGUUACCGGACACCCCCAACAGUAUGGUACCUAGUCCUGUGGAGACGUGAAACGGACUCCUCUCAUCUGACCUCUGACCUCUGCAAAUACAACUGCAGCAUGCCCCCCCCCCACACCCCAACACCCGCCCCUCCCCCCUUGCAUGUGACCAGCUCAUCCCACCAAUCAGAAGAUGGAAAGGAUUUUCUGAGGAAGACUGACGGAUGUUGCAUGAAGAAAGAUGUACAGAAGAUCAUGUUUUCCCCUCCAAAGUGGAUAUACAAAAUAUUAUUCCGUCAGGGAACAAUUUGGGAACACUUCAUGGACUUCCUUCACAUUUUAUUGUGAUCUUUUUUUGUUCGUGUCUUGUUUCCGCCACGUGAUCUCUCUCUCUCUCUCUCUUUUUUUUUUUUUUUUUUUAACAAACUAGACUCUCUGUCUUAAAACCCGAGCAUGAACAAAAAAAAAAAAAAAGGGGGGGGGGGGGCGGGGGACAAGCAAUUUUUUCAUGUUGUAAAAUACAAGCUUGUUCAAGCUAACGGAAAAAAAAACACUAAAUUAUUGUUAUAUUAUUUAUUGUUAGGAAAGCGAUUCAUAAAAGGGUAUAUUAACUGAUCUAAAUAAUAUUAUUAUUAUUAAUAAUAAUAAAAAAAAUACUGAAUACACAACGACGUGUCUCAGUGUUGGCUCCUAAGUGCAAGAUUUAUUUAUUUCAU